CGCGCGUGCUCACUUCCUCCACGGCUCCAGUUUCUUUUCGGUCUGUCUGUGUUGAUAGCGGCUUUUGCAUCCACACGUGUAAUCUUUCCUAUGUGAAUCUCUCUCUUUGGGACCCUUUUACAAGCUCAUUCUGCUUUGCCAGAUAGGUGUAAAGCCAUAGAAACCGACAACCAUGGGGGCUUAUCUGUCGCAACCUAACACAGCCAAGACCUCUUCCGAUGGCGGCAACGGCAACAUGAGCUACGGUUUCUCUGCCAUGCAGGGCUGGCGUGUCUCCAUGGAGGAUGCUCACAAUUGCAUUCCAGAGUUUGAUGAGGAGACAGCCAUGUUUGCUGUGUAUGAUGGACAUGGAGGUGAAGAGGUGGCUCUGUACUGUUCAAAGUACCUUCCUGACAUCAUCAAAGAGCAGAAAACCUACAAAGAUGGCAAACUCCAAAAGGCUCUGGAGGAUGCAUUCUUGGCCAUCGACAGCAGAAUGACCACAGAGGAAGUCAUCAAAGAGCUGGUCCAGAUUGCUGGACGGCCCACUGAGGAACCUCCGGCUGAAAAAGUGGCAGAGGAGGAUGACUUGGAGACAGAGGAAGCAGCUUUGCUCCAUGAAGAAGCCACAAUGACCAUAGAGGAGCUGCUUGUGCGCUACGGCCAGAACCGCAAUGCUGUGAAGCAUGCAGCUGCCAUCAGUGCGGCUGCUAAGAAGGCGACCUCGCACCCCGAAGCCUCAGGAGACAAAGGGGAAGGUGGGCAUGGAAAGAAGAAGGAGGGGGUAAAUGGGGAGGUGGAAGAGGAGAGCAACGGGAAGGUGAAGGAAGGCGAAGGAGCUGCAUGCUUGUCUAAGCUGCGAGCCUGUCGGAGAACGGGAGGAGGAGACAGCAGUGGUGCAGCAAGUGACUGUGGCGGGUCAGGAAGCUCCAAUGGCGAAGAAAAGGCUGGUAAGGCAGAAGGAGAUGCAGGUCCCUCCUGCUCCUCUUUGUCCUCCAAGGCUGCAGGAGAUUCCAAGUCCAGGUUCUUUGAUGACAGUGAGGAAUCUGAGGAGGGGGAAGAGGAGGACGGCAGUGAUGAAGAGGAUGGCAGCGAAGAGGAAGAGGGUGACAGCAGUGAGUUGGAGGAAGAGGAGGACACAGAGGAGGGAGAGGAAGACUCUGAGGAUGAAGAGGAGGAUGAAGUGUGUCUACCUGGAAUGGACGGCAAGGAGGAGCCUGGCUCAGACAGCGGCACCACAGCUGUCGUGGCUUUGAUCCGAGGAAAACAACUGAUCGUGGCCAAUGCUGGAGACUCUCGCUGCGUGGUGUCUGAGCGCGGCAAAGCUGUCGACAUGUCAUAUGACCACAAGCCAGAGGACGAGGUGGAACUGGCUCGCAUCAAAAACGCUGGAGGGAAAGUGACCAUGGAUGGACGGGUCAAUGGUGGACUGAACCUUUCCAGAGCCAUCGGCGACCACUUCUAUAAGAGGAACAAGGCUUUGCCACCAGAGGAGCAGAUGAUAUCUGCGAUGCCAGACGUCAAAGUUCUGACACUUAAUGAGGACCACGACUUCAUGGUCAUCGCCUGCGACGGCAUCUGGAACGUGUUGAGCAGUCAGGAGGUGGUGGACUUCAUCAGUGAGAGGAUCAAACCUGACCAGACUGGCAAUGUCAGAUCCCUCUCAUCCAUAGUGGAAGAGCUGUUGGACCACUGUUUGGCCCCUGACACAUCUGGAGACGGAACAGGAUGUGACAACAUGACCUGCGUCAUCGUCACCCUCCGGCCACACCCGUCCUCUGCUCAGUCAGACGACACAAAGAAGAGGAAGCAUCAGGAGGAGGCAGAAGGGACAGAGCUGGAGGAGAAUGGAAACGACAGCAAAAAGGCUAAAAGUGACUAAAGGCAAAGAGAAUCUGUCCCAGAGGGAGCAGCUGGUCCCAGGCUACCCCAGAUACUGUACACCAGAGACACAUUCUGUUCAAAAUUAAAUCCUGACCUCACAAACAUCAGCUCACCCUAAAACAGAAUUUGCAAAUGCUAUACGGAUGCUCAAAGAUCAGCAGAACUGAGAUCAUCAGUAUGGUUUUUCUGUCGUCUGUUUUAGGUGGCUUCUCACUUUAACACCCCCUCCAGUUGUUUCUUUUGUUCGCUCUCGCCGGACAGAAGCUGGACACACCUUUACUUCUUAAAAUCAGAAGAGGCAGACUCGCCAUUCACUGGCAUGCUGAACAGCACAUCAUUUUUCAUCUAUUUGUAUCUAGAAGGAAGCUGCAGGAAGAACCAGUCUACAGAGACUAGUGUGUAUUUCUAAAUGCUUCAGAGACGUCUCAGCAUCUCUGCAGACGUGCUCUGCUCGCUGUUACUGUUAAAAUCUUUAUCCACGCGGUACGCUUUGUUUUAGUGGAAGUAUGAGGAUAGCUCUUGUAGUGAUGUGCGUCUGGGUGCUGUUCACAUCUGUCAGUGUGACAUGCAUUUUCAUGGCAGUUUUGCAGCAUGAAAUGUGCACGUUACUUUUCCAAUAUGAAACUGCACAAUGCUCUCAGUGUGUUGUUCCCAAAUUACAAGGCAGCCAUUGUAUCUCAACAAAGUGCCAUUAAAAACCACAAAUUCCUGUCAUAGGCACCAUUUCACAUCCUCAAAUUAACUGAACCCGGUGAAGGGACCCAAAAUGGCUACAGAUAGAUUUGCAUAACGGCAACAGUUGAAAAACUGAUCGAAUGAGAGGAUAUUUAUGUCCUUUUUAUCCCAAAUUGAAGAUUCAAGAUGCAGUGAUGCUAGCUUAGUGUUGUGCUGAAUGUGUUUGUACCCUGUUUCAGGUUCCCCUCUGAUGUUGAUUUCCAACCUCAAGUUUAUUCAGGGGCAGUUUGUGUGACCACAGCUGGAGGAACUGAAGGAUUUGGGGUACUAGUCCAAUUGCUCAUGUUUGCAUUUCUUUCCCUCCCCCCCCCCCUUUUUUUUCAUUAGCACCCAUUCACAAGGAUAUUUUCUUCAGUCUUGGUCAAAGAACAGCUUAAUCGUCUCCAAUACAUCACCAUCAUCUUGCCUUUUUUCAUUCCUGCUUUGUGUCUUGUCUUGAUCAAAAUUCCAGACAGAAAAGAUGCCAGGGUUUUUUGGAGGUGGUGUACUUCUCAUCUGUAAGAUCUGAUGGCAGGGAGACAUACAGAGACACGAAAGACUUCCUUUUAUGUCUGUGUAUGUCCAUGCAGAGAGAAGUUGGGAUUAAAGCCCUGGACUGGCCCUCCACAUACAGCUCAUCUCCAGGGCUCUACCAUCCUCCCCCCAAUUUACUCUCCCUGUCUGUCCAUUUCCACUGUAACACCUUUUUAAGAUUAUCUCUAGGACGUGUUUCAAGUAAAAAGUAUUUCCACUCAAACGUUUUUUGAUGAACCAGCUUUCUGGCAAGUUUCUUUUUAAAAAAAACAAAUCCUUUGUGUGAGCACACUCUGAAAACACCCUGAUGCUGGACUGCAGAGAGGAUGCUCAGUUUUUUUGGUUUUUUUUUGAGUGAAAAUACAAUUUCAAGCUCUGAGCACCAAGACAGUAUAACUGUUCAGAAGAUCUUUUUUUCCUUAUUUGCAGAAGCCGCAUUUAAACCACAUUGUGUGACUGUAAGUUUGUUUCUAGUGUACUAUCUCGUCACCAUGCUCUUUUUUCUGUACAUAGUUUUUUCAAUACUUGUAAUUGAAGAAAAAGAAAAGGCUUUUUCUUUGUAAUUGUGAGUCAAUGUGACAUUUUUGGUGCAUACUCUUUUGACACCAGUAUGUAAGUACAUACAAAUACAUUUUUUUAAAUAAUGA